CUUACAUCCAUCGAUUUCAAAGUCCAAACAACGCAGUACAGGUUCAAUUUAGUUUCUGUCGGAAAGACGAACGUCCUGUGCCCGGUCUGAGCUCCUUUGGUUACACAAGACAUUUCUGACGGUUGAAAUUUCCGAAAAGCGUCCUUUUUCUACAAGGUAGGGAAAGAGGUGUCGAUCUACUUGGCUAAAGAAGUUCUACUCUUUUCAAACUUAUUACCAGAAACGAAUUUGAACAUGUACCGAAGAUCUAAUAUAACCUUCGAUGCAUGUGAGUAAAAUCAUACAGUGCCGAGACUAUAAUGAAGAGAAAAUGAAGAAGUUCUACUUUCAUCACUUUUAAUUUGCGUUGCCACAAUUUUCCAACAGAAAGUAUAGUUUUCCAACUUUUUUUCUUAAUCUUUUUAAAAACAGACGAAUUUUGGAGUCCUUUGAAGGUAGUAAUCAUACAUGCAUGGUUAUUGAGGUGUACAAGGUAGUUUUAACUAUUACGUCUGAGGGCAGAGGGUGAAAUGUUACAAGAGACGAAUCAAAUCAUGAUAAGCUACAGAACAGCUACUCUGAUUUUUCAAGGACCAAAGAGCUAUAAGGAGCUUUUCGAGUAAUCUUUGAGUUAAGGGAUGAAAAAGAGAGGAUGAAUAAUAGAAGAAGAAAAUUUUCAAGCAGAACUUUCUUGUGGCAGCUGGUCCUAACUUUUGAGUCUACGUAGAAAAUCGUUAGUGUGGUUAUCAAAAGAAAGCAACUGGGCAGUACUACGGCUUUCCUGUGGUUCUCAGUGUUUAUUAUGCUGUACAAGGUGGUUCUAGGUUUUGUGUCUGUAAAUGAAAUCCAAUAAGUUUUACCAUUCAAAAGACAGCUUUUGACAAAUGUUCCUGCAGCACUAUUUAUUACGCAAUACAAGGUCAGCGGAGUCUGUAAAGUAACCAUUCAAAUAUAAACUACCGAGAAGCAGCACUUAUCUGAAGUGCUGCUGUAAAGGUCCGACUUCAUUCAUGAAGAUGAAAUACUGAAGUGCUCGGACUGUUCGACUUAAACCUCGUUUAUUAAGCACAGACUUUUAAUGUAACAUUUUACCGAUUCGUUACUGCAUGCUAAAAAAAGUGACUAAGUAACACAUCCACUCAGGAACAUUAUACGAUCUGCAAAAACCGAUAAAAUAGUCGCCAGCGAAUUGAAGAUUUAGUGCCCCAAACUAAGUAAUAGUCAGACAAUGAUGUAACAAUAUGCUACAAACAUCGCUAACUCUAUAGUCUUGAAACUAAUGUGUCGGUUAGUGAGUAAUCAGAUACUAUAUCGAAUAUAAUUUCAUUUAAUGCAGACAUCAAUAGUGUUAAACAUAAACCGUGAUUAUGAAAUGACACAAAUUUUGGUUAAGCAGGGGUCGAUUGCCCGGGCUCCUGGGUCUUAUGAACGUUAAUUGCUCUAUCUUAUUAAAUUGUGAAAGGUCAUAACGUCACCUGUAGAAACUUUAGUGAGGAAAACAUGAAGAGAGACAGGCAUUUUUAAAAUUCUGCUCAUUAAUACCGAUAUUUUUGAAAUCCUGUUCUUUAAUAGAUUUCGACUAUCCUUUAAUAAAGAAGAAAAAAAAAACGCAACAACAAAGUGAAAACUACAAUUUCAGUUAUGACUAAGACAUACAACGUAUGACUUCUACUUGGAGCACAAACACUAAGAAAGACGAAACUGAAUUUAAUUACUUAUUUUAUAUCGCAGCUUCUUUAAUUGAAGAAAACGAAUAUUAUAGUGUUUCAGAUCAGAAUCGCUGGUGAUAAUGGGGCUUUUAACCGCUCAAGUUCAUUGAUAACGAUAGUCUGUCCAGCAAUUCCUUUAUUUCCUAAGUGCCCAUUAAAAAACAUAUACUGUAUUUUAUCAGACUCAAGUGCAUCUCCCGUGAUCAAUUGGUAAAAUCUCAUAAUCAGCAACUAUACGCACUAGUUAUGAAUAUACUGUUUUCAAAAGAGAUGUGAAAUGUCGAUCAUUUUUUGGACUUAUAUAAGGUAACAUUGCCCUCUAUUUCUCCCGUUCUGAGAAUGGUUUUUUUUUUUUAAUUCAGUCAGAGACAGAUAAGACCAGGAAAAAUAUUCUAGUUCUUCCAAAAGGAGUUUGAACCUACAUGACCUCUGGUUAGCUAGUAGUCUAGAUUCUCUACCAGCGAGCUACAAGAGACGCGUAGGAGUUAAGGCCAUUAAACUAGGUUAAUGUGACAAACAUCCUAUGUACUGCUAAUGCUACGACGGGAGUGUUAACAGACGGCCUUUCGCAGCGAUAAUCAUAAAAAAAAUGAGAUCAUGGUGUUCAGCAAGCCUGCCGAAUAAAUGAGAAUAAUUAUUUUUUGCGUCAAAUGACAUAGGCUUAUCGGGAAAAAAAACGAUUUUUUUCAACAGGAGUCAGUGGACUGAACGAUUCUCCUGAGUUUUGUAAGGUGUCAGUGAGAUAAAGAUCGCCAGAAAAAAGGAAAUCAUUAUCAGUGCUCAGAUAAGUCUUUCAAUUGGGUCUUGAAAUAAACGCAGUGACCACCCGAGUUAGCAAGAUGUGUGGUCCCUCAACGUUAGAAUCGAGCACUAGAACUAUUGUUUACAGAGCAUAAGAAUAAACAAGAAUAAAAUGCUCUGUAAGAUUAUGCAACAUUGUCAUCGUGUUGAAAGGGGAUAUGUCGCGCUAUUUGCUACCUUUUUAAAAAGUGUAAACUUUUCUCGCAUCAAAUGAAUUUCAGAAAUAAUGGUCCAGUUUUGUUAUUUAAGACUAUAUUUAAGCAUUGAAACUGUUUCCUUUCGUCUGACGCAACGGAUGGCAAGGAUGGACAUGGAUUAAAAGUCGAAAAAGUUGGGCCAACCUUUUCAAGUUCUAAUGCAAUGCCUGCAAAACUCACCAAAAACACUGUUAUGGUUAGUGAUUGCUUAUGAAAUCUGUAUGAUAUCUUCCUCAUAACUCUACAAGAGCAUUUUGUGUAUGGGUUAAGGCACUAAGCAAAAACUACCUACCCCUCCUCUAAGCCCACAUUUAACCCUAAGUAAGUACUAAGUGUUAGUCUUGGUUUAGGGGAGGGGUAGGUGGGCAGUUUCCCAGAAACGUAAAAUGAUGCCAGAAUUGACCUGAAAUAGCAGUAUCUUCCUGACAGAGCCUCGUUAACACUUUCAUUCCUAGAAAAAACAUUUAACACUUAUUGGACGAAGUUGAGAAAAAUACCGUGAUUUGUCAGUGGUGAGCAGAUCAAUUAUCUGCCAAAGCCGAAGGCUGAGGCGAAUAAUUAAUCUGCAAGACACUGAAAAAUCACGGUUUUUCGCGAUAACCGAGUCCAAUAAUUGUUUUAUCAUUCGAUGACCGAGUCUUUUAAUUUUUUUUAAUUAUUUGAGAAAAGAACUGCCACUUUCACGCAAGAGCAAUGGCAAGAAGGAAAAAAGCGUGGUUUCAUUUACGUAUGAGCAGAAUAUCAUUUGCAGUUAAGCACAGUUGGACGACAUUGCGCAUGGGCAGAUCAUAGGUAGUUAUUUGUAGGUCACGUGGUGGGCUCUCGUCCAAUGAAAAGGAAGGACAAUUUGCAUCGAAUGAGUGAGUGUUGUGAGGUGGAUCCAACUUUUGAGUCUGUUGACGAAAACGUUUGUUGAAACCUCUUUGGUAGUACCUUCACAAGGUGCUACUUGUUUUUCAGCAUUUUACGAAAGAAAAUUUAGAACUUUUGAUGAAUUAAAUGACUUUAGCCACUUCUGCGAGUGGAUUUUAUUCCUUUUUGGAAAGAUAAAGAUUAAAUUGCCGUAUUAGCUCGCUAGAGACAAUUAUAUCAUUUAAAGAUUAAAGUUGAUCAUCCGUACUGACAAGGAUGCCCCGCUCUCUAGUAAUUUCACGCUGAAACAAGAUUUCACUGAGAGAAACCAAACUAAUCUACUGUGAUUUAUAAUACAACUGACAUGGGAGGACGAGGAGUUUUCUCUUUUUGGAAUUGAGUAACGAAACAGAGCAGAGAGAUGCAACAAUUAACUGAACAAUCAACAGGAAGGGCUAAUCUACAACCUUUUUCUGGAACUGAAAAGUUCAGAAGUGACUGACAAGCACAAUGUUCUGAUAAAGUUAAUCUAUUCAUAAGCUUUGGAACAAAGGCUCUUUGUACUGAAAACUCCCAAAGAUCAAUAUUCACACCUAACCACAACAGAUUUCAGGNAUCACGGUUUUUCGCGAUAACCGAGUUCAAUAAUUGUUUUAUCAUUCGAUGACCGAGUCUUUUAAUUUUUUUAAUUAUUUGAGAAAGGAAAUGCCACUUUCACGCAAGAGCAAUGGCAAGAAGGAAAAAAGCGUGGUAUCAUUUUACGUAUGAGCAGAAUAUUAUUUGCAGUUAAGCACAGUUGGACGACAUUGCGCAUGGGCAGAUCAUAGGUAGUUAUUUGCAGGUCACGUGGUGGGUUCUCGUCCAAUGAAAAGGAAGAACAAUUUGCAUCGAAUGAGUGACAGGAGUGUUGUGAGAUGGAUCCAACUUUUGAGUCUGUUGACGAAAACGUUUGUUGAAACCUCUUUGGUAGUACCUUCACAAGGUGCUACUUGUUUUUCAGCAUUUUACGAAAGAAAAUUUAGAACUUUUGAUGAAUUAAAUGACUUUGGCCACUUCUGCGAGUGGAUUUUAUUCCUUUUUGGAAAGAUAAAGACUAAAUUGUCGUAUUAGCUCGCUAGAGACAAUUAUAUCAUUUAAAGAUUAAAGUUGAUCAUCCGUACUGACAAGGAUGCCCCGCUCUCUAGUAAUUUCACGCUGAAACAAGAUUUCACUGAGAGAAACCAAACUAAUCUACUGUGAUUUAUAAUACAACUGACAUGGGAGGACGAGGAGUUUUCUCUUUUUGGAAUUGAGUAACGAAACAGAGCAGAGAGAUGCAACAAUUAACUGAACAAUCAACAGGAAGGGCUAAUCUACAACCUUUUUCUGGAACUGAAAAGUUCAGAAGUGACUGACAAGCACAAUGUUCUGAUAAAGUUAAUCUAUUCAUAAGCUUUGGAACAAAGGCUCUUUGUACUGAAAACUCCCAAAGAUCAAUAUUCACACCUAACCACAACAGAUUUCAGGAAACGCGAAAUGUAGGUGGAUCUAGGUUUUAUUUAAAAGGGCUAAAUUCUCCCACGUAAUACGUCUAGCUGCUUCCGAAACUAAAAUAGCUCUUUUCACUUAAAGCUUGCCUUCAACUGUUAUUUUGUUGUAUAACUAAUAAUCCAAGUUUGCGUUUGACAUUGUCACAAACUCUAUGUAACCCAAGGAAAUAGAAAUAAUACGUGCGCAUUAAAAAGGAUGGAUUUUGAGAGACCAUGCAGGCUUUAGACUAUUAAAACUGCAAAAACUGAUCGAAACAGUAAGGUACUUUAGGGAACUAGACACAAUUUUAUUAAGUGAAAUGGAAUGGACUGACUCAGCACUUAAUUCCAAGCUUUUAAAUGGAACAACCUCAUUUCAUCACAUCAGCAUUGCGCAACGUUUCGAGUUGUCAAUCAAGCGAAGGUUUUAGCAUUGACGGCCGACGGAACUCAGACUUUUUUGUGCGUUAGCUGAGUCAUGAUUCGGUCCGCAUGGUUUUCGCGAAGGGGCGGAUAUGAUGUACGCACGGGUUUUUUCACGUGUCUGGGCAAUAAUUAGAAAGAAAAGGGAGCUAAUUAAGUAGCAGCUCACUUGAUCCCUCUACCGCCUUUCAGUCUUUAGAUAAAUGAUUGAAUAGAUCUGCAAAUUGCUGGGGUACACCCACAGUAUUAAGCUGUGCAAUAAUUGUUGUAAUGGGAAUGAUUUUUAAUGCUUUCACCCCUAAAAUCACCUUGAAUCGAAGUUAUUCUUUCUUUGCCAAAGCAACUUUGUAAAUGUAGACAAAUAACACCUUGUGAAGGUACUCAUGUUAAAGAGAUUUUACUUGAAUGGUCACACCAUAUGAUUCUGUCCACAGUUAUUCUUUCUUUGCCAAAGCAACUUUGUAAAUGUAGACAAAUAACACCUUGUGAAGGUACUCAUGUUAAAGAGAUUUUACUUGAAUGGUCACACCAUAUGAUUCUGUCCACAGUUCAAGGGUUUAAGUAGCAUAAAUAACGCUCAGACUGCAAAGGUUAAGGAGGUGUGCGCCAUUUAUAACUUUUAAGAGUCCUUAGACACAUUUACUAGAUGAUUAAAACAAAGGAAAAAAGAAACACAAUUCCAAGGGUGACAAUCGAUGAAUGUAGAUAUCUGAAUGCGAAAGAACUGUUGUAUUCAUACUGACUGGGUUGUUCAGAAAUCAAGAAAGAAAUUUGCUGCAAAAGGUAUAUAACUAAAAUAUUGUAACAAAACAAAAAACUGACCACAUUUUUCAGCUGUUGGUAACUGCUGUUAUAAUAGGUACGUCGGAGAUAACUACAAGACUUGUAUGCACCUUGUUCGAGUACCCAAUUCAGGGAAAGAUAAGUCUCUGUUAUAGAGGCCUCUUGGGUAAAUUUUGUUGUAAACUCUCAAGACGUUAUUAAGUUGUUUGUUAAAAUGACUUUUAAUUUCCGCUGGGAAAUAAUAUCGAGAUAUCGGCAAGAAAUAUUAAAAAUGGAAAGAAUUUAUAAAAUGCUGAUUAAUUUUUUGUGAUAAUAUAUUUCAGAUAUCGAGCUUGUUACUUUGUGCAGAAAACAAAAAAGCGCUGAAGGAUAUUAAUUCUGUGGCGAGGGCCUUGCGAGACUCAAACAGCUCCGCCAACGGGGAAAACGUAGCUUCAGGCCAACAGGAAAAAACUUGGAACGUCAUGAAGGUUAACAAAACUGAAAUGGACCAAGCAAUGGAAUGCUUAUUCCAAACGGUAAGUCAAAAGAUACGUUCAAAAAUUGUUGUGAAUCUCAAAUUUUAUAGCAAUGCAUUUUUCUAUUUUUUUAUUUCUUUUUUACUAGCUAAGAGCUUACGGUGGCUCUUGAUUCGCUUUCCUUGUUUGUAAAACUGCUUCUGUAUCAUACUUCAAAGUAUGAUGACUUUUCGUGCAGCCAAAGUAAUUACCCAGUUGAAGCUCUUGAUAGUCUGCACGCAAUUUGCGCGGGCAACGCGCGGAACGAGGGCGGGAUCUCUUAAAUAACUAAAUGACGUAGUUAAAGCAAUCAACCAAUAAACCAGAGCUGUAUCAACAUGACCCUUUGCUAUAUUCAUGGCACAAUAAUUGUCUUUUUCCGCUUUAUAUGGUCUCAUAAUGAUUUGCAGUUAUACCGCAUUGACACACGAACAUUAUGCAAAUGCAAUUUUCUAUAUAAGACUUUCGGUAGAGUUUAAGUGCUCAGUGUGUCAAACAGCUCACACUUAAAAAGAUGCAACUUUUAGCCAGUGUUGAAUGGAUAGGAGAGGUAAGACAUUACUCUUCUUUUACAGAACACGGCCCUUUUUGUCCAGAUGACGUCCGUACAUUAUGAUCCAAAGUACCGGCUUUAAAGACUUAGUAAUGUACUGCUAAUUACAGCUUUCAUUUUAAGAGCGCACUCUUGAGUUCCAUUCAGACUUGAAAGUUCAGAGAGAAAGAACCCUUUGAGCUCAUAGCGCACGUGAAAUUGCAACAAGUAGAUAAUGAAUCGUCCGUUAGAGGUUUACACGAAGGUUUUACUAUUAAGGAGGAGAAGUUGAAAAAGCUUUUAUUUUGUCGAGACGUUACUCACGUCUAUACCCCAGAAACCCUAUGUAUCCACUCAUCUUAAGCAGGUCAAACCUGGCAUUUUGCCAGCUAAGGCCAGUGAAAAAAGGGUAAGAACUUGAAAUCUGAUUUCAAUUCAUUGGAAAACCGUGGUAACAGCCUUAAGAUUUUUAUUUAAAAAAGUGAAAUUUUGACAUUACAUUCUCUUCUUUCUGUCCCCGAAUUUUUCACUAUUGUUUUAGCUUAAACCCUAGGGAAAGUUCAAUUAACUUUAAAAGAGUUUUUGGGAACUUUUCGUUAGUAUGUUUAGUUCAGACGUAGAAAUAUCAAAUGAUAGGAACUCAAAACAAGCGCUGAUAAAUUACGCCGCUUGGGAACUCUAAAUUUAACACAGGAAAGGACGAAAGAGCAGAAAUCUACGUCUUAAACGCAUCCGCCGGAUUUAAAAGUGAAGUGAUCAAUAUUAACAAGCAGACCAUAACUUACAAACGCCUUAAAAGACAAGAAGCUAUUGUAGAUGCAGGAAGAUGCUGAGUACUUUCACUUUAAAGCUAGGCGCUGAAGGCAAGCAGUUUUACCAAUGAAAACCUUUAACGUCGAUCCCUAAGGCUUCAAAAAUGCAUAUGAGAAGAAGCAGCGAUAUCUCUAAAUCAAACGAGAGUGGAAAGGAAAUGAUUUGAAGUGGAGCCAAAAAUAAAUGGUUCUUUUAGAUUUUCGAUGCAACAGUAUCGUUCUUCUAGCAGUGGAGAGAGGUUAUAAAGAUAAAUGAAUUAUUUGGAUUUUUUACGAAACCAUAAGGAGACUUUGAAGAAUAUACAAAUUAAUUUGCCAACUUUCAAUUAGACGGGCUUCAACUCUAUUGGCUUGCAUGACGCUGUCGAGGAGUAACCAAUACCGAACAACUUUCGCAACUUUCAAAUUCACGCAAUCCUCUUUGUUUAGGCAAACUCAAGUUAUCUCCGUCGAUCUUUAUCUGUUUUGGAAUCUAAAAAUGGAUUUCUUUUUUGUGCCGUUGGCAUAAAAUGCCUCGAGACUAAUUGUUAACACCAACUCAAACUCGAGCUGCAGUCUACCGCGCUUCGUUUUCGCAAAAUUUGUCGAAAUUGUGACAAAGCAAAUUUGCUAGUCUUUACGCUUUACUGGUUGGUGAGUCUAUGGCUUUAUGACGUGUUAAGCCACUUGAGUUAUAUCCAAGCCUAAUUUAAUGGGCCGCUGGUCUCACGAAAAUGCUUUAAAUAAAACAAAAACACGAGAUCCGGUGUGUUACUUCGAUUGGCUAAUCAGAUGCAAACACCGACGUUUACUAGAUCUUGCAGUUUCGGCGAGAUGUCAUCUUCAAAAACGCUGAUGUAUAAUAAAUGUUUAAAGGGUGAUGGAUUCAUGGUUUCGCGAGCGAGUAAUUGCUCGUUAUGCAAAUAUCUUUGUUUCACAGUGAUUUUUGUUUGAUCGACGAUCACCUAGCGGAAAAGCAGAAGCCAAUAAUGAGAAAAAAAUUAACUGAAGCUUGAAAUCCUUAGAAAUAUUUAAGGGCAACUAGUCAACUCUUUCUCUCUCAAGAGUGCCCAAACAAAAAAUAAUCAAGAAAAAAGUGCCAUGACUUUUAAUAAUUUUUUGUAAAUAAAAUACUGAAAAACAAAUGGUACAGUGCGAAGGUACUUUUAAAGAGGUUUCACUUGAAUGGUCACACCAUACAAUUUCAUCUACAGCCUGAAAAGUUAGAGUAACUCAUUGACGUCUUUGUAAUUGAGGUAAUUAGCAAAGCUGCAGUAACCUGCCGAAAAGUCUCGGGUCAUCACAGACUUCAAAACUUAUUUACUCUUCUUUGGCAAACUAUGAUCUCUAACUUGAGUUUCCAUCAGUUUUUUCCAGUUCAAAGGAAACGAGAAGGAAAUUUAAUUGCUAACAACAAAACAAAAAAUUUCCAUCCAUUUAUAAGCUAGAAAUCACCUUGCACAAUACAAAUGAAAAAAAAUCGAUACCACAACAACCUACCGCCCACUAGCUGGCUUUUAUUUUGUUUGUCAAAGCUAAGAACGUCAUUUCCGACACAAAGGCAAGAAAAAUCUUUAAACAGCACAGUACGGUGUCACAGAAAAGCUCAAGUGCAUUCAUUUGAACGUUCACACUUAAUGAUUUCAUCCGCCGACACCAUUACAGGAAACUACUGCUCAGUUGCUUUCAUUUGAAUGUUGACACGGUAUAAUCUCGUCCACACAUUCUGCAAAACGGAUAGAACCACUUUACACAACAUAUUAAAAACAUUACCGCAGGAAAGUACUCACUCAGUAACUUUCAUGGCAGAAAUGGAGUCACAUUUAAUGAUCUCGUUCACAGACUCAAUAGUCAGGACCACUAUAUGUACAUUAUGAAAACAGUACACCAUUCAGCAGUACAUUCAUUCAUUCAUUCAUUCAGACCAAUGAGAAAGAACGCCUCAGUAUCUUCAUUGAAAUGGUCUUUAUAUUCACGAUUAAUAAUUUCGUCUACACACUCAAAAGUAAGAACCACUUUACACAAAAUGAAAAUAACAACACAGGAAAGUAAUAUUCAGUGGGUUUCACUGAAACGGUCGCACUUCCUGAUCUCUUCUACAAACUCAAACGUCAGAAUCACUUUAAGCAACAUUGUAAAAAUAGCAUCAGAGGAAAGUAAUGCUCAGUAGCUUUUAUUGGAAAGGUCACACUUAUCAUUUCAUGCGUAGAUUCAAGCGUUGAAACCACAUUGCACAGCAUCAUAUAAACAGUAGUACAAGAAAGCAUUGUGCAGUAGUUUUUAUUGAGUCACUGCAGCCUCAAGUAAGGAUGCCGACACAAUUUGCUAAAAGCCUAGGGUAGCACCGUCUUCCGUACAGGAUGAUGACAUGGGAAAUUAUUGCACGGAGUAGCAUGCUUUUAUUAAUCGUCACACCCGUUAAAGAUGUCAGUGGGCGACUCCGUCACACUGGAACACAUGACAAGCAAUCAAAAUUAUCGUUCCUUUUAUUCUGGUGGAGGAAAGACACAGUAUAACAGGAAAAAAUGUGUCAUUUGUAAUGAAUCUUACUUAGCUACUCGCCUUCGAAAAUUGCACUUGUGACACACUAAGUUGCUAGAGAUUGACGCUAUAUUGAGAGACUUGUUGACCUUUUUUAUAUGGAAUUUACAAGAGCAGUAAGCUCUAAACCUGCAAAAAAAACUCGACACUGAAAAACAGGGACAAAGAAAGCCUCAGAAGGUUACGAUAACACGAUCGAAAAUCUAAGUUUCAAGGCAGAGGCUUGUGCGAAGGAGGCGGAGGCAUAUUUUUCAAAAUAUCCGGAAUACAUGAUUUAAAGACCGUUCGAAAAGAAGAUCAUAUGAUUACUCCACUUAGACUGUGCUUCCAGAGAUUUCCAGCUAAACCUGAUUGCGAAACGAAGAAAACCACUAAUAGCAAAUUAUUUUCCUUCAUAAAUACAUCAACGAAACCGCGAAAAAAAAAUACAACACUGGCUGGUAACAGUCGGUCUCGUAAAGAUAGACCCAAGAUCAUCGGUGUGUAUUCUAGAAGCUUCAACGCUUUCCUAAUGGGAACACGGUUUCUGGAGAUGGAAAACUAAAAAAAAAGCUAAUUUGAAAUUAAAAAAAACAACAACAACAACAAAAUUUACAACUUCACCAUAGUACGUACUACUUCGUAAUUAAGUGAAGCAAGAGAGCAAAUGUCAAGCUGUUGUUGACACAAUCAGCUCGGUAAAACAGUCUCAGAUUGUACUUAACGCUUACAACAUUUUUUUCACAAAUUAUUUUUGCUGAGUAUGGCUGGCCAAUACUUUUAUCUUUACCUUGAACAAAUGUCAUCUAGUCACGCAUAAGUCCGGCCUUUCCAUCGUGCUCCGGAAACACUUUUUGACUAUAAAAUGAUACCUCUUGUUAGUUCAGGAUUUCCGACGUUGGUUGCUCUAUGUUUGGUAUGCACUUUGCUGUCGCCAUGCAUCCUGAACGAGCACAGCCGACCGUAUCUUUUGUUGGUUGCUAUUCAUUGUCUAAUUAGACAAACCGAAUUGUAGCACCGUUUAAACGUGCUCUGGAACGGUUACAAGGAAUGAAGUGUCAGUUUCGGUAAGAAUCUAUCAAAUUUGCUAAUUUUAUAAAGUGCAAAGUCAAUUAGUUUAUGGGGUUUAAAGGUGAUGUUAUCUCACGCGAAUACGGUAAUACGGUGUGUCGGUGUUGCAGUUGUAUCACACCCGUUACAUUAAUCGCAGUUCGUUUGGUACAUUACUGUAAUCGAAGAAAAGAAGCUUCAAGGUACAUCAGAUCGUUUAAACCUCAUUUUACACAAACUGGUUUCACAGAUGCUUAAAAUACUUGAGGCUUCCUGCCCACGAAACAAGCGCUUCACGUUUGCUUUUCUCAUUUCGUUGCACGACGUGUGUUCGCGAGUCACGAACCCGAUCAAAAGCAACCAAACAACAAUUCACGACGGUAAAAAAACAACCUUUUGGUAUUUCUCAAGCAGCUCUUAAAGGUAAUCUUCUUUUCCCCUUUGAUAACAUCGCUGAGAUCCUUGUGAUAUUCACGAGCAGAGCCAAUAAUAUAGCGUGGUUUUGUAGCCAUCGGCAAGGAAAGAGACAUGUCUAGCUAAUUCAAAGCGAUAGAAAAAUCCGGAACUUUACAUCCAAAACAAUGGCCCAUUUCAGAUGCGUUCAAAUGCUUGUUAAUGUGAAAGCUCUAGUAGCAGAGUAAAUAUGUUUAUUUGUUUUCGGCAAGCUGUAGAAGAAAUCCAUAUUCUUGCCAUAUUUGCUUUGUUUUCCGCCCGGCGGAUAUAAAAGUUUCAUUAGAAGAAAAACAACCAUUAGUGAGAGCGGAUCUCGAGAAAGGCGGCUCGCCUUUACGUUUUUUUUUUUUUUUAAAAAAAAAAGAGACCUCGAUAUCUCAUUGCUACAAACCGCGAGGAGUGGUCAUCGCGCAAUAGCCAAGGGGUUGUUGAAUUAUAAACUUAACUACCGGUCAAAGCAGUAAACUUUUAAAACCUGCUUGUUCAGAGAUAUGUUGAUAGGAAAGAUGAAAGAGUCAAGAGAUUGUGUGUUGAACGUGGGCAAGAGGUUUAGCACUUUUUUAAGGGACUUUCUGCGCGAUAAAAAUUUUUUCAGUAUCAUGUAGGUUCAUCAAGCGGCUUGUGACGUAAAGAUAGGUAAAAUAUUAAACUAAUCAACUUCGAUUCGCAAGGAAAAUUAAGCGGUUAUAUGCCAAACAAAUACCGGAAAUGAUACGUAACGCAGACUUUGUCAACAACUGUCAAAUUUAUGUCAGGGUUAAUGAAACCCUUCAAAUGCACAACCAGAAAUGAAAUGCGAGCACAGUGACCUAUAGAAAGCUUCCAAAUAAUAACCUUCAGGCAUUUUGACCCGAGGGGUAUUAUUUAGCCUACGGGAAAAUCGCAAGACGGUGGAUGAAAGGAGAAUCCAGCCACGUUAAAAGACUGCGAAAAACCAAUUCCCCGCCUUCAGAGGCCUGUGAUUGGCGGGGCGGUGAAAUUUAAUAAGUCUUAAUUAGUUGCCAUAGCUACUUAUAUGAAUAGGUGUCAAUCACAGGGGGGUUUCCUUCAGAAAAGCACUGUGACCGACGAUAAAACCCAAGGUGCUUGGGCAGUGUGUUGCAGUUUAGCAUUUCUAUUGUUUUCCACUCGUGUGUAAAGAUAAGAGAAAGGAUGCUUUCCCUUGAGUGAUUUACAUGCUUUUACAGAGUAAAGCAUCGGCUCAUUUGAACUGCGCGCGCCAGAGUGGAUCCGAAUACAUUUGCCAUAACUCCUUCUAGAGGUAACCAUAAUAAGUCAAUGGGCGAAUUUUAUUAUUCUUAUUUAUCCUAAUGCGCGCGGGAAAGCAGCUUGAGUCAGUUUAACGGGGAAUGUAUGCAUUCUUUCUUGUGCUCAUUUUGUUUAAUCUUGUUUACUUUGUUAUUUGAAUGUUAUAGGGGAAUGUGAUGCGAGGACACAAUACGGACAUUAAUCUCAAGGACUACUCAGAUACGGUCAGAUACCUUGAGCAGUUCCAAGAAAUUACCAGCAAAACUUUCAGUGCCGAAUUUCAGAAAAGCGGAGCUGAAAUCGCAGAGGAGACAGACGUCAAGAGGUCCCCAGAGCCCCUUCCCGCGCCUUUCAGUAUGUAUGGACCCAGUGACGGGUUUUACUCAUCUCGAGUUCAAGGCCAAAACAUUUUAAACCCAAACGUACGCAAUGGAAAUUUAGUAUCUGAAAGAGGCAUACCAAAUCAUUUCGGUUCAUUCAAGCACGCAGAGAUCGGGGUAGAGAACAUGAUUUCAUCGGAGAGAGGUGCUCCGAUGUUUGAUUAUCAUUACUCGCAGCACAAUACACACGGUGGAAUGUCCACAAACGAGGUUGCUAACUUUGCGAACGCAGCUAACACGCAAAAUGAAUUUGCGGUGGAAAAUUCCACCACACCGUUCGGUCAAGGUGUUGCAAAAGGUUGUCUGUCUCCGUCACUUCAGAAUGGUCCACAGCAAGUUGCCAUUAACCCUCUAGCUGGCUUAACAGAACUGGCCGAGAAAGCGAACUUCGCGUCUGAACUCGCCCGAAAUGGCGUCGCCGAGUCUCGUUUUAGCUCUCAACCACGCCGCGGCCAAAUAAAUGGCCCGGCUGUUCAGUACAACUUCCCAGAAGCACCGAGAAGCCGAAGCUGGUCACGUUCUAUACCUGAAGGUGUAAAUAGCUUCUUCAAUGGAGGACAGCAGCCUUUUCAAGCUGAUGAGUUCUCGCCGACUCUCUCGACAGGGAGUUCGAUUCUCACAGAUUCUGAGCUGGGAAGCCCGUGUCACUCGGCACGGCCGCGACACUUCUUCCCUUAUAGCGAGUCGGAGUCGGAUCUUUCGCCGACUGAAAUAAACCCCUAUGAUAGAUCGAGAGCAUCUUACCAGAACUACAACUCGAGAACGUUUGCAAAUUACAAACUUUGGAGUAAUCAGACUGAGUCGAUCACGCCAAAUGUAACGGUAGUUCCCGACCCAAGGAGUAAGCUGUCGCAGUUGUUCAAGUCUGGCAGUCGUAGCACCACCAAAUCGGAGGAGAUACUCAAGGAACAUUUGCAAAACUUCGGCAAGUACUUGCCAACGCAGGGAGACAAAAAGCAAGAAAAAAAAGCUGACACUGAACAAGAGAAUAGCUGGACUGGCGAGGAGGCGGUUAAAGAGAAGAAAACUUCGACAACAGCUUCUAACGCGAAGGAAUCUAGCGAAGAGAAUACAGUGUUCCCUUGUAAAUGGGUCAACUGCGAGGGAUCCAUAUUUUCGGAACAAGAUGACUUGGUGCGCCAUAUAGAGAAAGUUCAUAUCGAUCAAAGAAAGGCGGACGAUUUGUAUAUUUGUUAUUGGAAAGACUGCAGCAGGCAACGAAGGGCUUUCAACGCGAGAUACAAGCUUGUGAUUCAUAUGAGAGUCCAUUCGGGCGAGAAGCCCAACAAAUGUACGGUAAGUAGUACGGGUAGUACAAAAGCGAUGUUUGUUUUGUAUUGUCUUAGAGUUCCUUCAGAUAGAUCGCGUCAAUUAUUUUGCACUCAAUUUGUAGGAUUGGGAGUGAUAUUGAGUCAAGAAUCGAGUUUUGGACAUUUCUCAAUAUCGGCUCGAAUUACCUACCAAUCGAGCGAUGGGCAUCUGUUAUCGCGAAAUGUCCAAAUACAACACGUGGAAGUGAAUUCAGACUUAGCGGUUCUCGGUGCUCGUUUUGACACGAGUGGUAUUCAAAUGUCACCUUGGGCAUAAUUUAAUCAUGUUUUUAUGAGUUCAAUCACACGACGUUGCUUUCUUUGAUCAGGCAGAGGACUUUUGUCGGUUUUUGGAUGGGAAAUGAAGGUCUGCGAUGCGUGAAAUUCAGGAAAUGAGUAGACACAUAUUUUAGCAUUGCGGUCAAAAACCCAUCUCGUUUCUAGACGGCCUGUAGCUAAAGGUAACAUUCUGAUGUAGAAGGCAUUUGAAGCCACUCACGCCAGGUUCUCUGUGCAUUUGCAUAAGACACAAUAAAACCUUUGUUUGUCUUUCAGUUUGGCCUCUACAGCUACAAAUUCAAAGGCAUAUUUGUUAUACUUGUGGUUCGGAACAGUCGAAAAGAAAAACAAAUUCCCUAGACCAGAUCUCGUAAAUCACGAAACGGCUUUGCGCGUGUUUAAAUCUCUCGUCUCGCUUUUCUAAGGUCAAUAAUGAAAGAGGAGAGUUAUAAGGAGGAUUUUUUUAAGUCUUGGCGAACUUUCGCGCGAGAAUUUACCGCAAAAAUAUCUGCGCAUUCAAGAGCAAUGAAAGGGUUCCAUGUGGCUCAAUCGGCGGGGAUGCUAUAGAGAAUUGUUACACAAUCAAUCGUUUUCAGUCUAAAAUACCAUGUUUUCGAGAAUGAUCACUCACAAAAAACCGUACGAAAAAAAAUUAAGAGAACAAAAAGUACACUAGCUCGACCUCUUCAUGGUUUUUGUGUUCUAUUCUUCUUUUAUUAAUUCCGCGUGUAUGCAACCUGUUUUGAAAAGCAAUUUGUUGAGUGAGGAGAGAGGGGGGAGUGGUGUCGGAAGACUACAAAGAAAAACUAUUGAAAGUCGCCUCAUACAGUCUUUACAUUCGCAAGUUUUGUCUCCCCUUCCAAAUAAAGUUAUGAAUAUAAUUAGAUUUGGUGUGAAUUAAAAUGGACAUUGCCUUCAAAAUGGUCGCUCGGCGAUGGCUAAGGCGCGAGGCUCUCUGUUGACCUUGGGGCGAAGAAACGACCCCCGCUGUUUGCGUGAAUCGUCGUCACGGAAGACUUUGGACGGAAUUUUUUUACGUAUUCCAAAAGUUGAAAACCACCUGCUCUUAGUCAAUGACAGUAUCUAGUAAUAUGUUGGUCAUCAAGCGUUUUAUUUCAAGUUGGCAACACUCUAGGAAGGCAAACCCAAACAAUUCCCAUUUGACAAAGAUAGUUUUUUCUUGAGAACGCCCUAAUUGAUAUCACAAACGUCAUCGUUAAAAUGGUUUUUCUUUUAAUUAAAAUUUAUACGAUGAUUUUUUUCUGUUUUAUUUCACACUAGUGUACAAAUUUAAAGCGAUACCUGUGAUUCUUCGUGAGUGCUAAAAAAGUCAUUGUUUGAUCACCCCUUUUGUCUGUGUAAAAUGGUGCACCUGCAAUAAAUCUUUGAAGAUUGUCUUCAUUCUGUCUGGAUAAAAAGCGUUUCAAAUUGCAUAUUUAAGAGUGUGCAAACCGUUCUAUUUAGUUUAAUAUUGAAUUUUAUGGAAAACCUCAUGUAUUUUGUGGAAAUUUAAGGACAACAUUUAACAAAACAAAGCGCUAAUUGAUUUGCACUCGACUCGUGCUAUUUUCGAGGGCAAAAAAUAAUAUUCAACUGACAGCGUAUUAAAUUGCUUUUACUCAAUAUUUAUCUCUCUUUUGCAUUUAUUAAGUUUGAGUCCUAAAUCAAUCAAAAUAAAUAAAACAUGACAGUUAGCAAUUGAAUUUCUAAAUACAAAUUAAUUUUUUUGGACAUUGUGGCCAAAACAUUUACAGUAGACUACCAACAGACAGUUUAAUUUCAAAUUGAUGCAUCGCAAAAUAAACGCCUUUGUUUCUGCUUUGUGUGUCGAGGCCAUUUCAAGAAAACUGGCACUGCGGCAAAUUUGAUUGCAGUAAUUACUGAUCAGUUGUUCUUAACUAAUUUUUCUGACAAUACACUGCCCACAGAUAUUUGAACAACAGUCUUCCUAACAUUAAAUGCAGAUAUACAGUGUUUUAGAAAAAUAGAAAACAACUUGUACAGAAGUUACUUCCUGACAAGUGUAUGCUCAUUGCUAUUUUAGGUGCUAGGACAUUAAUUAUUUUUCUAAAUUUAUUAUGUUUGUUUUGAGUGACUUUCUUACAUUCAACAAUUUUGUUUAUCUUGGAUGGGUUUUCUUUCAAUUAAAUCUUACAAGUAUAAAAGAACAGGUUCUGUAGCCUCUGGUGGCCUGUUAUUUGAUAGAUUAUUUUUUUGGAAAAAUUUGGAACUAGUUCUUGUUUUUUUGAACCCAGCUGGUAUGAUGAAUAGAGUGGUUUGAAUUUCAACAUCAGACUGAGGUAAACAAUUCCCAGUAAAGCACGCAGAUCUCUGUGUAAGAGUUUUACCAUAACUGUUCUCAAUAAAUACAGUAUAUAUAUGUUCAUAUCUUUUGGCUUUAACAAAAAUUAGUUCCUCUUGCCAUUUUACUGAUAGAAUUGUAGAUUCGCUUUUUGAAAUACAUUGCAUUGCAUAAGUAAAUUACUGCUCCAUGACUGACAUGAAUGGUCAUGUUAUAGCCACCCUCGACGGCAUAAUAUUUUUAACAACACCAGUGAAAAGUAGAAAAGUAGCUAGCACUAUGUAUUCUUCAUGUAUAUGUCCAGACUUCAGAAUUUUAUCCACAAACUUGAAAAUAUGAGAAGCUGUCUUGUCAAACAAGAUAAAAUUAUUAUUGUGGAAAGUGAACUGCUCUGCAAUAAAUGUUUAAUGAAUAUAAUAUAUUCAUUAAACAUUUAAGUGCAGAGCAAGUGUAUAGAGUUGCGCACAGAAUAAGUUGAGUAUCAUCUAUUUGUCCUAUGAAACACAUAACCAAACACAUUUCGAUUUUUAAAGCUUAGGUUCUUUGAAACAAAGAUGUGGACAUAAACAAUAAAACAAGAACUUUCUCAAGCUGACGCAAGUAAUCAUCUGGUAAAUUAUUACAGCUGUAUUUAACAAAAACUACAAAGAUAGUUCAAAAUGAUUUCAUAGUUUUAGGAAACAAUAUUAAAGAGUGCACCUAUGUUUCACUGAAAGUUUAGCGAAUCCAUAUUUAUUUGCAGGAGUGAUAAUGGUCUUUCAAAAACGUCAAGUUGGUAAUUUAUUAGAAAUUCACUGGUGUUGUUUUUGAGUCAGUUCGAGAUCAUUUUGUCUCAUGUAAGCAUUCCACUGUUUUUAGUAGUCUUGAAGUCUCAUUCUUUUAGAUCUUGUGAAGUAGAGUUUACAGUCAUCAGAAUUCAGGUCAUUGGUACUGCCAAUAUCAAGAUUAAAUUUGAUAUUAUUUUGUUGACAUUUGAGAUACUAUUUUAAAAUGACAAAUAUAUAUUGGUCAGUGAGUGAAAAAUAUUCACUUCCUGAUGACCAUAAGCAUCUGUUCAAGACCAAUAGUACAGCUUUAGCACUGACAUAUUUUGUCUUAAACUUGUGUACUCUGUCUUGGACGAAAAACACAUUUUUGGUGAAAAAACAAAGAAGCAAUGUCUAGCCAUUGGAAACUUAAGCACUUGGUUAUGCAUCUUAAGUCUCAAGAAGGUUCAAAAGACAAUGGAGAGAUUAAAAUCAUAAUGUUCCUCUGUUAUCCCCACAAACAUCAUGUUAUUCCCAAACACAAACAUCCUUGUUUUUAAUCCAGACGAAAGACAACAUCACAAGUGGCUUUGAGACAAAGCCAGCGAUUUGGCUUAAGAGGUCAAGUGCGGAUUUCCACUGUCAAUAGGAUAGGAACUGAAACUGGCAUUAUGUACAGAAUACUAAUGUAAGAAGAGGUGUAAGCCUUCAGUACUUGCUUAACUGGUCCAACCUGACCCGGCCAAGGCUGUGCUCUCAGAAAAACAGUAGGGAGCCCAAUAAUCCAGGGUUGCCUAGCAUUUAUUUUUCGUUGAAAAAGCAAGGUUUUUAAGGGUGAAAGUAGGUCAUCAGCAGGCCACCAGGUACUAUUACGCGCUAGAGCAUACCAAGGGGACAGAGGAUUGGAAAUCCAUCUUAAUCUUAAUGUCAAUCACCAUGUUCUGAAAGUAAUUUUCUCACAGUACUUUUGUGAUUACAUUAUUUUGUAUUAAGUUGCUCCAGUUUUGCUGUUAUUCCACUGUUUUGUUGGCUAGGCAAAUAAGCUUGUGUUAUUUGCACUGUCUCCAGAACAUUCCUUCUUAGAGGUGUGUUUACUUUUUACUAACACAAGUUGUGUGGAUUUUUUUCUUUGAUUCCCCUUUUUCUGAAAAAAUAAACAACAUACUGCAAUAGCUCUUCUUGACAAAAGAAUUUCUCAGGCAUGCGCCUUAAAAAUAUUGCAAAAAAGUUAUUAAUUUAUUCCUCCUAUAGACCAGUGUUUUUCGAAAACAAGAUAUAUAUAGAACACAGAAAAUGUCACACUUCUUUCUUCUAAGAUAGACAUAUGACUUAUACUUGAGAAACACUGACACUACAUGUAUUUUAUCCAUGACCUAAUUCUUUAUUGUUCAAAAGGUGGAUGUUUCUAUCCAAUUAUUACAUGUAAUAAAUUGCUAUCCAGUGGAUGGCUUGUUUGUUUUCCUAAUAGUUCUCCAGUUACAUGUGUUUUAUCAAAAAGUUAUUCUAAUAUUGAAGGAGACUUGCAAUAGUAGUUUGGCAAAAUAGAAAAAAUUCCAACAAGGCAAUAGUAAACACUUACUAUAAAUGAUUAAGAAUUAUCUAGGAUGGAAGAUAUUGACAAUAAGGAGAACAAGAAGUCAGUGAACUAAUUUUGCCACUUUUCUCCUUCAGUUCCCAGGAUGCAAUAAGGCGUUUUCAAGGCUAGAAAACCUGAAAAUUCACAUGCGGUCCCACACAGGGGAAAAGCCAUACCUUUGCCAACAUCUAGGCUGCCCAAAGGCAUUUUCAAAUUCAUCUGAUAGAGCCAAACAUCAAAGGACACAUCAAGAUACAGUAAGUAAACACCACUCUCUACAUGUACUUGGUAAUAAAAUGAAUCAACAUGGUAUAGUGAAACUCUGCAGCUUCAAGGACACCCACUUCAUAUGGACACCUCAUUAUUACGGACAGUUUGCUUUGUCCCUGGGGAAUGAAAACCCUUAAAUUUUCUCUAAAUUCAACCUGCUUAAUACGGACACCCGUUAAUAUGGACGCUUUCUAUGGCCUCCUCAGUGUCCGCUUAUUAACCCUGUAAGCCCUUAGAGUGAUCAGCGUCGAAUUUCUCCAUGUAAUAUCACUGCUUUAUAAAACACAGUGGUCAUAAGAAUUAAGGACAUGAUCACACAAGAUGAAUCUAAUUGAUACUUCAACAAAUUCUCCCCACUACUUCUAUUGAAAACGUAUAGGGAUAACAAAUGGGAAUUUGAAUUUUGAUGUUAGGGUUUAAAGGGUUAAUGGGGUUUGACUUUACUGAGAUUAUUAUACAGUAGAACCCUGGUAACUCGAACUCUGAAGGGAAACAAAAAACAUAUCGAAUUAUUAUAUUGUGACAUAAUAUAUUUUUUUCUGCUAUUUGCAGAAACCAUAUGCAUGUCAAGUUCCUGGUUGUCCAAAGAGAUACACAGACCCAUCUUCACUUAGAAAGCAUUUCAAACAACAUGCUAAUGGCAAAAUGCCACAGCAGAACUCAAAUACAAAGGUAUGUCUCUUUCUUAUGAUUUUCAAAACCCAUUGCCUUUUGGCCUUGUAAACUGGAACCUUGCUAUAAUGAACCUGUUCUUGGUAUAGCGAGCAAUUUUCUUUACCACAGAAAUAGUAAAAUAUAGGGAAAAGAACCUUGAUAUAACAAAACCUCAUUAUAUAAGUAGCAAACAAAUUUUGCCAGUCCCUUGGCCCUUUGUCGUAUCGAAGUGCCACUGUAGCUGUUUCAUCACAGAACAGAUGUGGAUUCCUGGCUUAAAGUUGCACAUUGAUAAACAAAAAGCAGAGACUUUUCAUUUAACUGGACUCUUUUAAGCAGCACUGGCAACAGAUGGGUGUUCAGAGUUCUCUGGAUUUGGCAGAAACCACUGACUUUCACCUUAACCUUAGAACACCACGUCCCCCUAUCAGAAUUCCAACAAUACAUAAUAAUCUUGUACCCCAUAUUCUGCAAAAGAUACAGUUUUUGCUGAUAUUAUUCUACUGAAAAAAAUAUUCCUUUAUUGUCAUUUCCGCAAUGUUGCGACUUUGAAAUUAGGAAAGAAAAACAGAAACAACCUUUCCUACCAAUAUACUUGUAAUGUCCCUAUGACAAAAUUUAAUGCUAUAUUUUGUUUUUAUAUCAGACAAAACAGAAAACAAGAGGAAACAGAUCAUCAAAAAGAGACCUACUGUGUGCAGGGGUGACAAGACCUUUGUCAGAUUUUGCCUUUAUGGACGAAUAUCAAGCAAGAAAGCGCCAGAAAAUGCUAGAUACACUUCGUCAGACAACAGAGAAAAAACUUGCUCUGGAAAAUGGUUUUGCUCAAGCACUUCCUGAUACUCAAAGAGCUUGGUAUGGUCCAGAAAGCAUGUACAGACAGUACAAUCCACCACCUUCACAACCUGUAGCAAGAGCGAGCACGCCAACUCCCGAAGAGGAACAAGACUUUCGCUAUACUCAAAUGUUGAGCUCAAUGGAAAUCCCCACAUUUGAGGAGACAUUAAAACCACUGAUGAGUGGUUAUUCAACGUAGCUAACAAGCUUCGCUGACUCAAAUAGUCCAAGAACUUGAAUUCAAAAAAGAACCCACAAACUUGUACAAACAAGUUUCAAUGCAGAUGGAAGACACAUGGUUUACAUAAGCACUGUAUAUGUCAUACUUGUCAGGACCGGACUGUAAAUAACAGGAACUAAGAGAUUGUUUUGGGGGUCAUGCUUGAUGAAACCUAAGAAUUUCAUAAAAUGAUGCAGAUGUGACGAGGCCACUUGUACGUGUCCGUAAAAAUUGUUUUUGCUGGAGGAAAAUAUAAACUGUACUUGCUUGCACACGUGGGGUUCAAGAACAGGAACCCUAGAAGAUCAGGCAUAAUGACUUUCAAACUCAAGGGAAAAUCACAAAUUAGUGGUAAUGGUUACUCAUAGGAAAUUAGCAUUUUUAUUAUAAGAUUUUAAAAUUGUUUAUACAUCCAGCAAGCAUGUAAAAGCUAUUUGGCACUAUUAAAUGAAGUUAGUACUAUUUUAUUGUAAAAGUACUUGAGUGAGAAGAUUUGAAUUCAAAUGUAUUUUUCGCUGCUGCUUAAAAAAUUAAUUUCUAAUUUAAGUAAGAAUUGAAUUUAUGGAAGUACAUGUAAGAUGUGUUGAAAAGUUAUUUUGAUACAGAGACUUCUGCAAUGGUGAAAAGGUACAGACUGUUAAGCUGUGCAAUUUAAAGUAAUGGAAACUUCCUGGCAUAAUCCAUUGCCUUAAUAAUGAGCUUUAAUAUAAUAAUUAAUAAUGUUGCAUAAAAUAUUUUCAUUGUAGUUAGUUCAUAAUUAUGUCAGGUCAAUGUCCAACUUGUUGCUAAUCUCAUUUUUGCAAACAACAUUUUGUACAAUCUCUGUUGUUUUAAUCAGUAAUUUAUUGUACCAUAAAUCAUCAUACAUGCAGUAGAAGUGAGCCACACCUACUUUACAUACAUUUCAUUCAUUUGAAUUUUUUCAAAAUUUUAUUAUAUUCCUCUUUUGUCCUUUCAAUUUUCCAGUUCUUUAUCACCUAAAUAGGUUAUACACAGUCAUGGUAAAGACACCAACAAAAAUAGGGCGUUGUCAAUUAAAUGUAUUCCGGAAUAAGAAUAAAAGCAAUAAGCUUUAAAAGUCACUCAUUUUGGCGUUUAUUGCUUUGCAAUAACUAGAAAUCUGCUUGCAAUAAAAUAUCCCAAUGUAUGUAGAGUUAAGUGGCCCAGAAUACAAUCAAACACACCCUUAAAGAGACGGCCUUAUAUCAUUAAAAAGUCUGGCUGUGGAAAAACCCUGCUAUUGUUGAAACUUUAUGUAAAUAUCAAGCACUUUUUCUUUUACUUCUGAUUCAUCAGCAUGCAUAGAAGAACAGCUUGUAUUUCUAACUUUUUUAUAGUUACUGUUUUGAGACUCGCAGGAUUAACAUCAGAUUAUUAAAAAAUAUUGAUAGUAUGGUUAUAUGAUAGUUUUUAAUAAAACAUUAUUAAUUGAGUGUUACAAGGUCUGAAUUUAUUUAUUUGUAAAUUUCUACAUGAGGCAGGGGUUUAAAAAAAAUUGAGGUAGCCAGCAGGUUAAAAUACAUGCAGUAACCGACUGUAUCAACAAGGGGCUGGUAGUCCACUUUUCCAGGGGUGUCUGGGGGCAUGCGCCCUCAGAAAAUUUUAAAAUUUCAAAGCGCUAAUAACUGAUUUGUAGGGUUCAGGGGACUAGUGAGUACAAAAGAGAAUGUUUUCCAUUCAAGAAAAUUUGUAUGGCUCAAAUUUGGCUAAAACUUCAAGUCAAAUUUUGAUUUAUCAGCCACACAAUCAACU